AUGAGCGUUCUGCUUGUCCUACUGAUUCCGCUUGCUCGUGUCCUGGGAGAACGUUUGCCAACCUGGAGGCCUGAUUCAUCAGCACCAUCAUUCCCCGUGAGAGAUUCCAGUCUUCUGAGUCUUCCUGACAACUACACUCGAAGAAACCCGCGACCUGCCAACCUGAACGAGAUAUUGGAGAUCCGCUCUGGAAUCACAGAUGUGGCGACAAGGACAUUCCGUGGCGUGGAGAAAAUACGAGCUCAUAACGGAACUUUGUAUCUGAGUGGUGGUUUGACUUUCGAUGUACCGUACUUGGAGAUUGAAGGCAACCUGAUGAUUGUGGCGGUCGCAACUGGUUUCACCUGCAUCACAGUGAAGGGUGUUCUUAUUAUCAACGGAAAUUUGUCCAUCAGUGAUUGCGAAGGUCCUGAUGGAGGUGCCAUCAAUGCAAAUGAGUUCAAUAUGACUCAGGGCAUCUUGACAAUUCAGAACAGCAGCACAGUUGCAGGCCAUUGGAGAGAUUUCACCUCGGGUGGAGCUAUUCAAGCUGAUCACUUUCAACAGACGGGUGGCCAGAUUGUCAUCCAGCACUGCAGAGCCCAUGGCCCAGGAGGAGCUAUUUGGGCAGAUGAAUUCAGCUUCAAAGGUGGUUCUUUGCAGAUCGAGAAUUGCGAAGCAAUCAUCAAUGGGCAAGGAGGUGAUGACAUUGACUUCUCGGACGUUGAGACGGAAAUAGGAGCAGCUGUGGCAGCAAGGGGAGGGGGUGCCAUUGCAGCGCGCCGCUUCGACGUAUUUGGCGGCACUUUGAUUCUAAAGCAUUGCUCUGUGAGAGGAGUUGAUCAUCCAGGUGAGGGUGGAGCUAUUUCGGCCUGGAAGGUUGACAUCAGCGAGGGGGUUCUGCUGAUUCAGCACUGCAGAGCAGAAGCUUUAAAAGGAGGUGGUUUUGGUGGUGCCAUUGCUGCGGGGAAAUACAUGCAAUCUGGCGGGAACGUCACAAUCACAGCAUCUUCAGCCAGAGGAUCCGGUUUCCACCCAGGCUAUGGAGGUGCCAUACAUGCUGAACAAGCUGGUGUGUUUGGGGGAAAUUUGAUGAUCAACGAUUGCAGAGCUGAAAGUCUCAAAGCAAGUCAUGGUGGAGGCAUAUACGUGGUGGAAUUGUAUCGCCAGAUCGAAGGCAAUGUGACUAUUGAAAACUGCUCGGCUGAAGGUGACGGUGGAGGUCUCUUUUCCAGUGAAGAUAUGAUGCAGCAUUCGGGCAGGUUACAAAUACGGCAAUGCCAUGCCUUAGGAGAAGGAGGCAAGGGUGGUGGCAUUUAUGCUGAGAGGAUCUACCAGAACAACGCAGAACUUCAGGUUAAAGAGUGCACUGGAGAUCUUGGAGGUGCCAUGUUCAUGGAUGAAUGGAAACAGACCGAGAGAUCUACUGCUAUCUUCCAAGAUUGUGUGGCAUCCAGAGAUGGUGGCGCAGUGUUCUCCCGAGGCGAUCUCAAUUUGAGUGGGAAGAUUGUGUUCAAAGGCUGCCGUGCAGAAGGCAGUGGAGGAGGGAUACGAGUGCAAUCAGCUCGGCUGAAUGUAACUUCAGCAGUUACCUUCGAUGAGUGCACUGCAGGCCAAAGUGGCGGUGCUCUGUAUACGAACGGUAGCGCUGAAUUUCAUGGGGGAGCUUUGUUCUGA